AUGACCAUUUUUCGAAGGGAAAGGGGAAGGGCUGAGGCGCCAUCUGACCAAAUCGCGGUCCCCAGCGCCUAUUUUCGAAAGCAUCCCUCUAUGCCUCAUUUGCGUGACCAGAAUGAGUAUCAAGACUUUUAUCAGAAGUCUAUCGACAACCCUGACGAAUUCUGGUCAUCGAUGGCCAGGGCGUUUCUGAAAUGGGAAAAUCCGUUUGACCGAGUCCACCAUGGGAGCUUCGAGCACGGAAACCAUGGCUGGUUCCUUGGCGGAAAGUUGAACGUCUGCUACAACUGUGUGGACCGACAUGCGCUCGAGAACCCGGACAAAGUGGCUAUUAUUUACGAGCAUGAUGACCCCGAAGAUGUACCGCAAAAAUUCACGUAUGGAAAAUUGUUGCGAGAUGUCUCGAAGUUAUCUUGGGUGUUGAAAGACUUGGGUGUACAGAAAGGCGACAUUGUGACCAUCUACCUGCCCAACAUUCCCGAAGCAAUCGUCACCAUGCUAGCCUGUGCUCGCAUCGGCGCUGUUCACUCCGUCGUCUUUGCUGGUUUUUCGGCCCCGUCGCUCCGAGGUCGGUUGGAAGAUGCACGUUCAAAGGUCAUUAUCACUGCCGACGAAUUCCACCGUGGCGGCAAGGUCACUCAAAUGAAAACUGUUGUUGAAGACGCACUCACCGAAUACAAAGGCUGCAAAGUUCAGUGUCUUGUCCUCAGAAAAACCGGAAGUCCGGUCCCCUGGUCUCAGAGAAGUACGGACUUCUGGUGGCACGAAGAAUGCGCCAGGUGGCCGGGAUAUUGUGAGCCAGUGCCCAUGGGGGCGGAAGAUCCAUUGUACAUGCUUUACACGUCUGGCUCGACGGGCAAGCCCAAGGGUCUCAUACACACCACGGCUGGGUACCUGCUCAGUUGCGCCGUUUCAGGGAAAUACGUACUGGAUCUCCACCCUUCAGAUACAAUGUUCUGUGCUGGGGAUGUCGGAUGGAUUACCGGUCAUAAUUAUCUCGUGUAUACACCUUUGGUGCUUGGAAUUACUACCGUCGUCUUUGAAGGAACCCCUGCAUACCCAAAUUAUGAUCGAUUCUGGCAGAUCCUAGAUCGAUGCGAAGCUUCUCACUUCUACGCAGCGCCUACAGCUUUACGAAUGAUAAAGAAAAACCGACCCAACGGAAGCAAUAAACCACUGGAGAGAUUGAGGGUCAUUGCGUCUAUAGGUGAGCCUUUGGCAUCCAAUGUAUGGCACUGGUGCUACGAAGUGCUCGGGCGUAAAGAGGUGCAUGUCUUGGAUACAUAUUUCCAAACAGAAACGGGCUGCCAUGCCUUCUCCCCACUGGCGGGAGUCACUCCCACCAAGCCUGGCACUGUGGCCCUGCCAUUCGUCGGCUUUAAGCCAGCCCUGAUCGAUCCUGACUCGGGAAGAGAGAUCAAGGAAGACGAGGGCAGAGGUUUGCUAGUAUACAAGCAGCCAUGGCCGGGCAUCGCACGUACAGUGUGGGGUAACCACGCCAGAUAUAUGAAAACGUAUUUUGAGGGAUACAAGGGGUAUUUUGUAACUGGUGAUAGCGCCUACCGGGACCGGGACGGCUACUACCGCAUAUUGGGUAGAGUUGAUGAUGUCGUCAACAUCUCAGGCCAUCGUUUGUCGACUGCUGAAAUAGAGUCCGCUCUUUUGGAUCAUGGUGCUUUUGCCGAAGUUGCGGUUGUUGGUGUCGAUGACCAACUGACUGGUCAAGCCUUGAACGUGUUUGCCUGCCUGAAGAACCAGGUCGUGAGGGACAAAGGGAAGCUCGAGUCUUCAGCAAAACUGCAUAUUGGGGAAGUCAUUGGUCGCUUUGCAGUACCCAAGAAGGUAUUUAUUGUGAGCGACCUCCCCAAGACGCGAUCAGGAAAAAUUAUGCGACGACUAUUGAGAGCGAUACUUGAGGGGGAAAGGAACCAGCUGGGCGAUACAUCCACUCUACUGAAACCUGCGGUCGUUUCAAAUAUCAUUGACGAAAUCAAUGAUCAGGCACAAUCAGGGUCAGAGGCCAUGAUCACCCCAGAUACUGUGAGUUCGUCAGAAGAUAGCAUUUUGCUCACGCAAAGUCCAUUUGACUUCCCGGCCUACAAUCUUACCUUUUUGGAUCACAUCCUGCCCCCUUGCCACAUGUUCAUGUUCCUCUCGUUUGAAAGUGCCUCCAUGGAGGGCAUCGAUGCCCUUCGCCUUGGCGUCACCCGGUUGAGUGAGAAUUUCCCAUUCUUGACCGGAGUGGUUGUACCAUCGAGUCAAUCUUUGGGUCAGACAGAUGUGUUCGAAGUCAAGCCAGCCAGUGCAGCUUUCCUUCGGGAGUAUCCCAUGCUCAAAGUGGCGUUUAGCCCCGAGAUGGAUAUGAUCGCGCAAGAUGACUUCAUCCAACAAAAGUACCUACCUAUCCCCUUCCUGACACCUCCAACAAAGCCUAUGCCUCUGGUACGUUUCCAAGCAAAUGUGACGGGGCACAGUAUUAUUCUUUGCGUCGCUUAUAACCAUAGAGCGUUGGACAGCACAGGCGUGUCGGUGGUGCUCAAGAUUCUGUCUGAAUUCUGCAGAGCGCCUGAUGCGACACCUGAAAAUCUCUCAACCAAUGAUGCAGCAGAGACUACUGCUCGAGAACAUAUCAGAGACUUCCAGGCCAAAGAGCCUUUGCCAUUAAACUGGACGCCGGUCCCAUUAUCGCUCGACGCAACCCCGCCAGUAGAUCCGGGCCAGGAGCCCGUCAGCCGGCCCUUUAGCCUCAGUGCUCAAAAGAUCGCCUUGCUCAAGGACGCCUGCAAUAGAAUCAUUACUUCGGAGUCUCAUAGCAGCCCUGAGAAGACUUGUCUCUGUACAUCCAACGACAUUAUCACAGCCUUGGUGGGGUUUUGUGGCAACAAGGCGCGCCAAAAGAUCGUGCCUGAAGCUGUCUCACCACCGAGGGUCAUCAUAGCUGCAAAUGCGCGAAAUCAAUGUCAACUACCCCCAAACUAUAUGGGAAAUGCACUUGUGGCGGUCGAAACUACAUACGAUCCACUCCGCCACGUUCAUGAAAUGGCACAUCUAGGUUUUCCAGGUAAUUUGAGCCAGAAAGAGCUGGGCCAGGUCUGUAGCAUUGCCAUCGCUCUGCGAGAGCAAAUUGGCCUACUUUCAGGGGAUUAUCUACAAGGAAUCCUGCGCAACAUGUCUGAUAGGAAAAGCCUCUCUUCAUUUCACCCAGCUUAUGGGAGAAGCAUUAUCGUGUCAAGCUUGCGUUGGAUGGACUUUUAUCUGGACUUUGGGCCCAUGGGGAGGGUCAAAAGAUACGACAUCCCGGAGAAGAAGGUCCUAGGAGUCUGUUGGGUUUUGCCCGCACGAGAAUUGGCAGUCGAUUUCGCGUCGCAGACAUUUGAGUUGAGAUUUGUUCUUGAGAGAGUAGCCAUGGAACGCCUUCAGGAGGACGACCUAUUUACCUGGAUGACGAAAGAUUAG